AAUUAUGGCCUACAUUUUCUGAUGAAGAAGAUGUCUUUGCGGAGGAUGUAGGAUUUACCGAUGAAAUAAAUGAUGAGGGAGAAGAAUCAGUAUGUGCAAAUAAUCUGCUAGGUGGAAUUUGA